AUGACUUCUCUACUAAUCCAAAACCGCGUAACGGCGGCACUUCGCGGCGCCUUUGUAGCCGACGCGGCGUCCAUGGGGACGCAUUGGAUCUACGAUCCUGCCGAGAUGCUAAAGACGGUUACCAGCGUGGAGACUCCCGAGUUUCGCGACCCUCCUUCUCCCAAGUAUUAUUCGGCUACCGAUUUCCCUGGUCAUUACCAGAACGGCAUGUUGAGUCCGUAUGGGGAGCAGUUGCUCUUUGUGACGGAGCAUGUUGCUUCUACAAUGGACCUUACAGGCGACGCGAUGAGCCAGGAAAUGUUCCAAUGGGCCACUACGUUUGGAGGAAGACCGGAUCACGCAUUGACCACCUUUAUCGACAAUAUAAAAGCCGACAAGAAAUUUCCCGAGUGUGGCGCCGACGACGACCAAGCCCACAUUUACAUGAAGGUGGUCCCAGUGGUGGCGCGAUACCACGGAAAGCCGGAUCUUGUGGACCGCCUCAGCCAAGCCGUUCGCGUCCACCAAAACAAUCAAAAAGCCGUUGCCUUUGGCAUUGCCGCCGCUCGCAUCUUGGAAGCUGUCAUUUUGGGUGCUCCGUUGGAAGAAGCUUUGGAAACGUGUCAGCAAAAUAUCAAGGACGAUUUGGCAAACGCAAACGUCCCCAAUGACGCCCAGGAAGCUUUGAUGGAAGCCUUUCAAAAUGCCAAGACACUGGGUAAGGAAAAAUCAACACUGGACGAAAUCUUGUUGGAGGUCUCCCAUCAAAAAAUGAAGGGCAAUGAGGAUUCCAAUUUUUACGAUUUGGCAGGUCGCAGUUGUGCCUUGCCAGGAUCCUUUAUUGGACCCAUUGCCUUGUUUUACAAAUCGGCGUCCAAUGCUGCUGCCAGCACGACACUAUUUGCUUCGGCGCUUCGAGAGAAUAUUCUUGCUUCGGGAGAUACGUGCAGUCGAUCCGUCUUUAUUGGUGCCGUGUUUGCGGCUCUUGCUGCCAACGAGAAAUCGGACUCUCUGCCAUCUGAUUGGGUCGAAAAGAUGGAUCCGGAGACUCUCAAAAAGGUUGACGCUGCCAUUGGGACUAUUGUGAGCACCUAG